CAUUACUUUUGGACAGUGGGCUGUUCAAGUGGUUACUCCUACAAAUCCUGCAAUUCUUUCAACUCUCCAGUCACAAAAUGGCAGGAAAGUCGCAGAAGAUAGUGACUCAUCCUCUCAACAUCGAGUCUACAAAACUGCGUCAUUCUAAGCUCUUUUCUAAGUUCGUUUGGCGCUCUUUUCUCAUCUUCAAUCUAGCUCUUGGAGCAUUCUUAUUUAGCAGACCUGUGAAGAGAGAAGCAUCAAGUAAAGGAAUAAAACCCACCAGUAAAGACACCACCAUAUCCACUGAAGAACUUUUCUUCUUCCGUCCCGAGCCUGAGAUAGUGCAGGAGCCCGUAACCAAAGAGCAGAAAUGAAAUCUUGUGAUGGAUAUCGGAAGGGAAGAGAAUUAGAGAAAGAUGAGACCUUCCCAAAAUUCAAACAUUUUACUUCUUUUUGAAGCUAUUGCUUUUCAAAUUAGAGCUGACACCUAAUUUAGCAUUUUAAUUGCAUUUUUGUUUGAGAGAGAUACCAAAAGAAAGCGACUAAGAGAGGAAGCAUAAACCAGGUGAAGGGUGGAAAGAGAAAAAAACUGGAGACUUUUCACUAUCUUUCCAUCCUCUCCAUUGUUUCCUUGACUGUAGAUUAAAUAGUUUCUACUAAUACAUUCCCAUUCUAUGAUCUGAAAUGUGAGAGCAAAGCUUAAUUUUCUGGGUCUGCAUUGUAUUCUGGACCUCUGGUAUAUUCAACAUGGUUGAGUGUAAUCCUCUUGCUACUUUUCUAAUACAAGGGAAGUCACGCAUCCGAAGCUAAUUUGUUUAAUCACUUGUUCAGUUAUGUUUGCUGCACUAUGUGAAUAAAUGUUCUAUUUCUUUUUUUGGCAAAUAAUAUGUGGUUCGUAUAA